AUUCAGCCGUCGAGCGCCGUCCGUCUCGACCUCUCUCGAACUCCCUCCCACUCAGCACCCGCACUAGGAAUCGGAAGGAACCCAAAACCCUACCGCUCCCGCUCCCACUCCCCCUGCCCUCCCUCUCCUCGUGCUUCCUUCCCUCACCUUUCCGCCCCCGUCUCCGGCGAGAUCUCAGCGGGAGAGAGAGCGAGCGAGCGGGUGGGCGGGCGAGACUAUCCGAGCCCAGCAGCCAUGUCGCUCCGCGUGCUGAACCCGAACGCGGAGGUGCUCAACAAGUCGGCGGCGCUGCACAUGAACAUCAACGCCGCCAAGGGCCUCCAGGACGUGCUCAGGACCAACCUCGGCCCCAAGGGCACCAUCAAGAUGCUUGUGGGUGGAGCUGGUGACAUCAAGCUGACCAAGGAUGGGAACACCCUCUUGAAGGAAAUGCAAAUCCAGAACCCAACAGCAAUCAUGAUUGCGAGGACGGCUGUGGCACAGGAUGACACCAGUGGUGAUGGCACGACCUCCACUGUGCUUUUUAUCGGGGAGCUUAUGAAGCAGUCUGAAUGGUGCAUGGAUGAAGGUACUCAUCCAAGAUUUUUGGUUGAUGGCUUCGAUGUUGCCAAGAGAGCAACUCUUGAGUUUCUUGAGAAAUUCAAGACACCAGUUGUUAUGGGUGACGAACCUGACAGAGAUAUCUUGAAAAUGAUAGCAAGAACAACUCUUAGGACAAAGUUGUAUGAAGGAUUGGCUGAUCAGUUGACGGACAUUGUUGUAAAUGCGGUUCUAUGCAUCCGCAAACCUGAGGAACCAAUUGAUCUUUUCAUGGUGGAAAUAAUGCACAUGCGCCACAAAUUUGAUGUUGACACACGUCUGGUUGAGGGUCUGGUUUUGGACCAUGGUUCUCGACACCCUGACAUGAAACGCAGGGCAGAAAACUGUUAUAUCUUGACCUGCAAUGUCUCACUAGAAUAUGAGAAAAGUGAAAUAAAUGCAGGUUUUUUCUACUCAAGCGCAGAACAAAGAGAAAAAAUGGUCACUGCAGAAAGACGCCAAGUUGAUGAUCGUGUUAAGAAGAUUAUUGAAUUGAAAAAUAAGGUAUGCUCAGGAAGUGACAAAAACUUUGUGGUAAUCAAUCAGAAGGGCAUUGACCCUCCAUCCCUGGACCUCCUUGCUAGAGAAGGGAUUAUUGCUCUCCGAAGAGCAAAGAGGAGGAACAUGGAGAGGCUUGUGCUAGCAUGUGGGGGUGAAGCUGUCAAUUCAGUUGAUGACUUGACUGAAGAUUGUCUUGGCUGGGCUGGGCUUGUCUAUGAGCAUGUUCUUGGAGAAGAAAAGUACACGUUUGUGGAGAAUGUAAAAAAUCCUCGCUCUUGUACUAUAUUGAUUAAAGGACCUAAUGACCAUACCAUUGCUCAAAUCAAGGAUGCUGUUCGUGAUGGUCUAAGAUCUGUUAAGAACACAAUCGAGGAUGAAGCAAUUGUGCUGGGUGCUGGAGCUUUUGAGGUUGCUGCAAAGAAGCAUCUUAUUGAUAAUGUGAAGAAAACCGUGAAAGGACGAGCACAACUUGGGGUGGAAGCAUUUGCGGAAGCUCUUCUUGUUAUACCCAAGACCUUGGCAGAAAAUUCUGGUCUAGAUACCCAAGACGUCAUUGUCUCCCUCCAGAAUGAGCACGACCGUGGAUUGGUCGUGGGAUUGAACCAUCAUUCUGGGGAACCAGUUGAUCCCCAGAUGGAAGGUAUCUUUGAUAACUACUCUGUAAAACGCCAAAUCAUCAAUUCUGGACCCAUUAUUGCCUCGCAGCUUCUGCUUGUAGAUGAAGUGAUCAGGGCAGGCCGCAACAUGAGGAAACCGACUUAAAUACUUUGGUGCCCCUAGCCGAGACAUCGUGUCAUAAGCUGUCAUGGUUUUUGUUUGGUUAUUUUGCCUUUGUAUUUAUUUUGUCCGUAGUAGUGACCUGGGUGAAACAUUCGGGGUUCAGUUAGUCACCCAUUUUAUGUAACAGGUUUCACUUGUAAUCUCUGUGACUGCCAAGUUUUCUGCCAUUCUUCUAAUACAGGGGUUACUGCAUGCUUAUAUUUUAACUGGGGAUGUUCUUGACGCCUAUUGAAAGUUAA